AUGGCUUCGCUGCUGGGUUCCUUCGCGUGGGCGGAGAGGCUGGACUGCUCCGCUCUGGAGUUGCCCGACGGGGGCAGCGGCACCUCAGCCUCCGCGGUGCCCCGGACCGAGAAGGGCAACCCCGAGAGCCGCAUCCGACGCCCCAUGAACGCUUUCAUGGUGUGGGCCAAGGACGAGAGGAAGCGCCUGGCCGUCCAGAACCCGGACCUGCACAACGCCGAGCUGAGCAAGAUGCUGGGCAAGUCCUGGAAGUCUUUAACCCCAUCUCAGAAAAGGCCUUAUGUUGAAGAGGCAGAAAGGCUGAGGGUUCAACACAUGCAAGACUACCCCAACUACAAAUAUCGGCCAAGAAGAAAGAAGCAGGUCAAGCGGAUCUGCAAGCGGGUGGAGCCAGGCUUCCUGCUGGGUAGCCUCUCCAGGGACCAGGACCACAUGCCUGAGAAAAGAGUGUGCAGCCGAGCAGUGUGUGAGAAAGAUGAAUACUCAGCUGCCUCAGUAAUGCCAAACAUUAGAAGAUACCAGGAGGUCCAGAGCACUAACACAGGUACUCCGAUGGACACUUAUCCAUAUGGGCUGCCUACUCCUCCUGAGAUGUCACCCUUGGAUGUGAUAGAUCCUGAGCAGAGUUUCUUCUCCUCCCCUUGUCCUGAAGACCCACGCCAUCCCCAUAUGUCUGGAGACACCUACUCUCUAGAAUAUGCCACCAGCCCUCUCCAGUGCAAUCACUCUCUGGGUCAUAUGCCAGUCUCUCAGUCAGCCUCCUCUAUGCACUCUGCUUCUUCCAGUUGCCCAGCACCUCCCACAGGAAAUUAUUAUUCCCCAGCUUUCCCUCCUAAUCUCCAAGUCCCCAGCCUCCACAACCAUCUUGGCCAGCUCUCACCUCCCCCGGAGCAUCAGAACUUUGAUAGCCUGGAUCAAUUGAGCCAAGCCGACCUUCUAGAGGAGAUGGACCGCAAUGAGUUUGACCAGUAUCUCAAUGCCCCUGGACAUCCAGAGCCUAGUGGGCUCACCAUCAAUGGACAUGUCCAGGUCUCUCAGACAGCAAGCAGCUCACAUUCCUCAGAAACCAGCCUAAUUUCUGUCCUUGCAGAUGCAACAGCUACUUAUUACAACAAUUACAGCAUUUCUUAGGUCA